GCAAAACAUUCAAUGGGGUAUAUAUGCCAUCAAAAGAGGUAGAUGGUGUUCUUCAUGAGUUCCAAUCAAAAGCUACACAACACACAUUCAUCUCUCUCUCUCUCUCUCUCCCCAAGUCUAAUUUCCCAAUUCAAUUCUUACCAUUAUAAGACCUUGUAACUGUAAAUCCUCUCCUUCCAUACAUGGCACAUAUAUAGCAUUUAUUUCCCAAUCAAUAAACAUUAUUAAAACCAAAUCUCUUCAUCAUCACCCACAAGGUGGAAAGUCUGACAUCAAUACUCCUUCACCAAUACUAGAACCAUGUGAUCUCUCUCUUUCUCUCUCAAAGUUCAACAAUCAUCUUUGUUUCUCAAAAGCAAUGGAAGAUCAAAAGCACACUGAUCUUGAAUUAGAUCUAAACCACUCCGAUAAAGGGUCGAAACCAGAACUCAACCUCAUCGAAUCUUUCAACAUGGAUUCAUCGCCUAAAGAUCAUCAAUCAUUCAACUGCAAUGAGGCCGAACCAAGAGUAUUUUCAUGCAACUAUUGCCAAAGAAAGUUUUACAGUUCACAAGCACUCGGAGGCCACCAAAAUGCACACAAACGAGAGCGAACACUCGCAAAGCGAGCACAUAAUAACAAGAUUGUCAAGAUUGAUCAACUCGGUUCAUACCCACAACGGUUUUCGAGCUUGGCUUCUCUGCCUCUUCAUGGCUCAUUCAAUAGGUCUCUUGGUAUUCAAGUCCACUCUAUGAUUCAGAAACCAACUUACUUUCCAUCUAAUGGUGUGUCUGGGCAUCAUGGGUGGUCUAGAAAGGCUAUUAUUGAUCAACAACCGGCCAUCGGGCGGCUGCCGGAGAUGCUGGUGGGACCCUCAUCGAGUGGCGGCGCCGCUAGGUUUGAUGGUGGUCAGAAGUUUUCCCCGGCGGUGGUUGGAGGUGAUGGAAUGGGAGGAGGAUUUAGUCGUUUGAAGACUAAUCAUCAAGAUGAGUUGCAAAAGCUAGACUUGUCUCUCAAGCUCUAAAAUAACUAGGUUCUGUCUUUUUGUUUCCCAAUUUUUGCUUGCCCUUCUAAUUUUAAUUUAUUUUUUUCAUUAGUUUUUAGAGCUUUUUUUUUUUUUUUCCCUUAUAAUCUUUUUGAGAAGCUAUUUAUUAUAGGAAUUGGUGUAAAUUUAUUUAUUUUUUGGUUGGUAUUAUUCACUUUGGCCUUGAUUAAA